CAAUUAUUCUAACCCCCAUCUCCAGCUCGGGCAACACAGUCAACCAAUGAUUCGAUCACAACCACCGCCACCACCAUCUCCGCCACUGCGGCCCCAGAAUACCCUUUUGUUUCUUCUCUAAACCCACCUUUUUCUCUCCUCGCUCUUCCUUUCUCUCUCUAGGAUGGGUAGCUCUGAAGAACCCGACAGGACCAGUCUCCUCCAUGACUCUUCAUCUCCGACUCACCCUCUCCUCUCCAAAUCCUACCCUUCACCCUCAAUUUCAGAACCCCAGCCUGAAUCCUCCGAACCUGACCAGACCCAGUUCCUCCAGAUCUCCUACAAUUACGGGCCUAGACCCUUCAAGGACCUCCCCUUUCUCAUCCUCUUUCUGCUCGUCGUUCUCUGCACUUUCGGCUUUGGCAUCUUCGCAGUUGUGAAUCGGAACCCCAAUUCUUCCAGCGUUUCUUCUUAUUCUUAUGACUCCAGUUCCACUUCUUGUGUCAAGAACUCCACUGCCUCGCUGAAGCAACAACCCAUUUCGGAUUACUUGAAACUUUCGUCGAGUUCGCAUUUCUGGAAGGAUUUGAUAUGGACCCUUGUAGUUACUUUGAUUUUGAGCAUACCCUUUUCUUGGCUGCUUCUUUUGUCGCUCAAGAAUUACACCAAACAAGUGGUCUACGCCUCUCUUCCCUUCUUUGUUGUGAUGCCCAUUUUCUUUGAUGUGUAUUGGUUUGUGGCUUGUACUGUUAGCUCGAGUUGCAGCGAGGCGUUUCCUUUGGUGUAUAGGAUUUUGUUGCUUGUGUUUGUGUUUUUGUUUAUUGGGGUGAUCGUGUGGAUAAUUGUGGCCAACUGGCAUAGAAUUGAAUUGACUGUGGAUAUAAUUGGGAUUGCCUCCCAUUCGCUCUCGAGGAAUUUGGGGCUGUUUUUGGUUCUUCCAUGUUUGACUUUCAGUUUGGUGGUUUACUAUGCUCCGAUAGUUGUGUUUUUGGUGUUUGCGAGGUUGAAUGGGAAGAUUGUGCCGCGGGAAUCCAGUGGAGAGUAUUAUUGUGUUUGGAAGCAGGAUAGUUGGGUGCCUGCAUAUUAUACAUUGGCAAUUCUAACAAUGUUGUGGUCUGCAACAGCUAUGGUGGAGCUGCAGGUUUAUGUGAUUAGUGGGACUAUUGCACAGUGGUACUUUGCAAAGGAUCACGAUUCCACCCCAAAGAGGAGUAUACGAAGUUCUUUGAGGAAUGCCUUGGGUCCCUCUUCUGGCACAGUAUGUCUAUCUGGAUUACUUAUUUGUGCUGUUCGUGUGGUGCGUGCUGCUGUUGAUAGUGCAAGACAAGAAGAACUUCAGGGAAUAGUGAACCUUAUGCUCCGAUGCUGCGUUAAUGCCUUGCUGACAGCUAUUGAUUUUCUUAACAAGUUCACCAUCAAUUUUGCAGCAAUAACUGGUGAAGCUUACUGUACAUCUGCAAGGAUGACAUAUGAGCUUCUAAAGCGUAAUCUACUUUCUGCUGUUUUUGUGGAGACCGUCUCCUCUCGAAUAUUAGGUGGCAUUGUUUUUGUGUUCUCAGCAAUAUAUGCAAUUGUGGCUUGUGCUAUCUUAAAGGCUGUAAGCAAUCUUGGAGCUGAUGCAUACUUUGUGGCCGCUCUGGCAUGGGUACUGCUGAUCUUGGUGCUGGGUUUCUUUGUUCAUGUGCUCGACAAUGUGAUUGACACAGUUUAUGUGUGCUAUGCCAUAGAUAGGGACAGGGGGGAGGUUUGUAAACAGGAGGUUCAUGAAGUUUAUGUUAACCUACCCAUCCGAAGGAACCAUAGAUCAUCUCUUGCCAACAGAACAGUAGGUGUAUAGUUGACCUUGAAUUCAACUUGCGUGUUGGGGUUUUGCCUCUCACUUGUUGUCUGUAUGAAGUUAAAACUGCAUCUCGAUGAGUUGUGCAUACCUUCGAAUGUUGCAUUGUACAAUUUCUGGGUUGGUUCAAUAAAGAGGUAGUCCAGACAGCUUAUUGGAUCAAUUCAGUUUGUUCUUCUGUUGUGCAAGACAAAUCACGUGAAGCACAAACAAACCCAUUGGUGCUUGUCACCUAUGGAGGUGAUCAGCUGGGGACUGAUAUUUUGGCCGGGUUGGUGAACCAUGAGAAAUGUGUUUCUGCUACUCUUUUUUUUUUGGCCUGCACGCACUUGGAUCAGGUGUCAUCAGCCAUAAAUUCUGUUUCAGUCUUGCAGGUGUAUCCUUUUCUAUUAAUGAAGGUGUCACUUCUACUUAUUGGGGAAAAUUUCUUGUCUUUUCAGUUUUUAUUGAUGAUACUGAAUACUCAAGAUCCACAGUUAUAUUCAUUUCGGUACAGGUACUUCAUCAAUGCUUAGAUGGUGUUAUUUAAUA